CCUUCCACCUAAAACCCUUCUCGCGUCCGCUUCGAUCUGUUCCUCUUCCACCUCGCAGAAAAGGGGAACCCUAGCAGCGAUCGGCCGCCGGCGUCCCCGCCCCUCAGCGUCAGAACUCCGUGCGCCUGUUCCCGCUUCGUUCUUGGUCAAUCUGUGAGCUGCAGCAAUGGCCUCGAGUGGUGCGCCGACUAAUAUGCAGAAGGAGCAGAUGUUUGGAUUGGCGGAGAAAGAGAUGGAAUACAGGGUAGAUCUUUUCAACCAGCUUACACAGACAUGUUUUGACAAGUGCAUCGAGAAGAGGCAUAAAGAAGCUGAGCUCAAUAUGGGUGAGAACAGCUGCAUUGACCGAUGUGUUUCAAAGUAUUGGCAGGUGACUAAUUUAGUUGGACAGCUUCUUGGAAAUCAGCCUAAAAUGUGAACCGAGAUGUAACUCCAGUUCCCGAUGCAAUAUUAUGUCUUACUUUUUGGUUCUAGAGGUCCUAGUAAACCAAUAUAGCAUGACCUAUUGAAAGAGGAAACUACAUCUCCAAUUUUUAGCUUUGUAUUGCUGAUACAACAUGGAAAAACCAACAUAUGAGGUUUCCCAUUCAAAAUUCUACAUCUACUUUGAGCUUCCGAAGCAACAUUUUUAUUGGGGCAAACAUGUAACCUAGAUAAGCCAGGUUUGCUACCAUCUUGCAUCCUUGGUCUUCACUUGUUUCGACUGGUUUAUUAUGGAUGCGGGUGUUUUUGAA